ACUUUAGUUACAUUGUUCUAGAACGCAUGUGGUUUGGCUCCUCGUAAUGGUCGACAAGUUCUCCUCGCCGUCUACGCACACGCUCACGUAUGCGCCGACGCCUGUCUGACGCCGACAUGGGACAGGAUUGCGACGCCAGCCUGGUUUCUAGCCAAGGCUGGAGUUUGAGGCGGGGCAGGCAGCUUGCAGCAAUAGCCCGGGACAUAAUCGAGGAUAACAUGUAUAUAGGCCACGGCCUGACGUGCCUCAGGAUGUCUCAUCUAUGUCAGCAUCAGAGACAGUCAGACAACCAAGGCAGUCAACAGUCGCCCCAGACAUUGCAGUGUCUUCUCAUCACUUCAUUGAUCAACGUUCAAGCUGCCCCCCUAACAACCCUGCCAACGUCGACAUCAGGACCAACCUCACCAUUCACCCCACCACCACCACCGCAAUCAACCACAAUCCUCAACUCAAAAUGUCCCAGAACCUCCACAACCAACCGCUGCCCACCGACCGCCAACAACGAUGCCGGCCUCGGACGCCGCCUCAGUGGCCUCCGCCUCGUCCCUCUCCAGCCGCAUCACCCUGCUCAAGGACAAGCUCCGCUCUUCGACUUCCAAGGAAAAGGAAGACAAGGAGCAGGAGGCCAAGAAGGCUGUUUUGAGGAACCAAAUCCGGAUUGGGAUUUGAAAAAGCCCCCUCCCCAGUUCCUCAACGCGGAGUAUCGUGGGGGAGUGGCUUGGUACGGUCCCUUGGUUAUCCCCUGAUGGGAUCAUGAACGAAGCAGACGCUCCAAUGCUGCGCCGCGCAGCUCACUGAGGGUGGGUUGCGCGAAGCGCGCGGGUGCUAAAACGGCGAGCAUGGCCUCGUUAAGGGGGCGCGGCUCCGACAGGGGAGGGUCGCGCCGGGAGGGUGAAGCUCGAGAAUCGGGUUCGCAUCGGACAGUGGAACGGAUGCGGAAGCGGGUCUGGGUACGCGGAGAUGACGACGAGUUGGGAACGACCGGGCACAU